AGCUCAAAUGUAGCAGAGAUGAAUAUCAUCCCAGUGAUCCCUGAAAGAUGACUUUUGCUCUCAAAUUCGUAUUUUUGCUGCUACUAGAACUAUGCGCUUUUGUGGAAUAUGACCUAGGUAAGUUUCGGACGUUUACAAAUCAUUUCAGAACAAGGCUUGCUGUUUCAUAAAUUUUACUUUAACUGGGGCGACAGAUUCAUGCUUUUCCGGCGUUAUUCUGGUGCGGCAUCAUAUACGGAUUCACGGCCAUCACCUACUUGACGUCCCCCACCUCCAUGUAAAUAGUCUCACGGUCAUCACUGAAAUAGCAGAAGCUGGGCUCGUUUCCUCUGCCUUCUGAUUUAUAAUACUUAAUUUAGUAGCUACUAUUCAUAGUAGACAGCUAGACGAGAGUGUAAAAUAGGGUCCCCAACCUUGACUUAUUCUUCUCUGCUGAUUCUAGCAUAGACAGUUUAUCGCGAUCCAAAUUUUUUUUCAUGCAAACUGGCAGUAACACGACAGUAUGACGCGAGCACGGGGGAGUGGUCACUGGCUUCCUCUCCCACCCCCUCAAGCUCUACUUUAACUGGCGCAUAUCAACCAAAAAAACAAAUCCAAACAAGAGAAAUUCAUAUAGAGGGUUGUCCCGAGAACAAUCUGAGGGCGAGAGUCAAAUGCGUGGUAGGUAAAUUGCUAACUCAGUUCAACACGAAGUCUCUCCGUAGCUCAGGUGGUAGAAGGCCUUAUCUCUGACAUGAGAUUUUGGGUUCGAAUCCCGGUUCGUGAAGUUUUUCUCACGUCUUUUCCUUAUUUUUUAGCGCCAAUUUUUUACAUUAAAAGAAUACCGGAUACAGAGGUUCGGAUUAUCGGCACAGUUGCAAGUCUACGUCAAGAGAGAAGCCCAGAAUCUACAAAUGCUCCACCGGUCAGCGACUUUGUCAUAAGUUCAGAAACAGCUAUCAAAUCUGAUAGAACUGACUCGGAAAGGAAUGUCGAGGAAAGCAAAAGAGAUGUGAGUCUUGAGGAACUCUUGAGUGAUGGUAGCAAAGAAGGAAAUAAAAACAAAAAGAGCGUAGAAGGGGAAAAUCACUUAAAGACUAGAAUCAAGUCACAAAAAAAAUCGUUUUCCUCGACUGCAACAGGUAAGUAAGUCAUUGUUAGACUAGUUUUGUCCGUGGCAACAGUGAAUUCUUUCUCAAUAGAAAAAACAUCAUCGAGUACAAAUGAGUAAACAUCUACAAGGUAUAAGAUAUCAAAAAGGAAACCUAAACGUCAUUAAAAGGCAAAAAAUAUCAUUUUUAGGUCUGUAGAUUUUACUGACUGGUUUGUGAAAUUUAAAAGAUAGUCAAAAUUCGCGCCAAAACCGUUCUAAAAAUAAAGUGGUCCGUGAAAACGCCGUAACACGAGCGCAUGGAAGUUGUUUGCACCGGGAUUUGGGCUACUGGCAAUGAUUAAUGGACACAUAUAAUCCACUAAAUGAGAGAUCAGGUGAGUGACCGUUAUCGGAUGUACAACCUUCGAUUUAGUUAAUUAUCUAUGGCAAAUCUGGGAAAAAUAAACAGAGAAGAGAUAAACAAAACUAAAGCCUGCCGCGGUCAUUUGAUUUGAAAUUUAUUUCAAUGACUAAGACUUGUGGGAGGAAACUAUGAUUGAUAGACAUUGCACAACUGGGCGUGAUUAUGCUUUUCAUCAUAAGAAGAGAGACUGACAAGGAAAGUAGGGGUGGCACAUGUGGUGAGAGUACUCGCCUCCCACCUGUGUGGCUCGGCUUUAAAUCCCGGUGUCAACGCCAUAAGCGGGUUGAGUUUGCUGUUGGUUUUCUUCUUUGUUCCGAGAGGUUUUUCUCCGAGUAGUCCGGAUUUUCCCUCUCCUCAGAAACUAGCAUUUCCACCUGAUUUCACUUCGACCAGGAAUGGUAGACAAAGAACCACUAUGUGAAUGUACUGCCUUCAAAUCGUUAUUUAUUUAUUUAUUUAUUUCAGUUAUAACAGGGUCUAAAUGGCCAUCUGGUACCUAUGGCCUUCCAAAGCCAGUGAACGGUUGUCCAGCCGCCGAUGGGUUCGAGUGGAAGACUGGCUACAGAUUUCAUGAUACUGAGGAUGACGGGACGGAAAAUCAGCAUUCAGACAGCUUUCAUUUGGCGGGUGAAUUCAGCGAUGAAGGGAUCAGGCAUGAAUUCUGCAUAAAGAGUGAAGAGGAUGGAGCGGAAAGGUAAGGGAACCGCUGAUGUAUUAUUUAACGGAGGUUUUGUCCAUACUGUUUAUUUGUAACUUGCAAUUACUUCGCUAAGAAAAUUAACAAUGGAGGAGAAAUAUCUUCUUAAUGGCAAAAUAUAGUCAGCGCAUCGAAUUCCAUAUAAAAAAUAUGUCUUCCAAGCGACAAAGUCAACGAAGAUAGACUGAAAUUUGCAAUCCGUUUUAUAUUUGCUGUGAAAGUUAUUUCGCUAUUUUAAGAAUUUUUUUUAGUUGAAUUUGGAAAAUUUCUUGACUCAGCGCCUUUAAGAUAAGGAUAAAAUGAGGCUGGCCUUCUCAAGUGAAGGAAUCAGAGUGGGAUUCCGAUGAGAAGUCGUCGCUUGUCAGUCGAAAGCUAACAGAUCGCAACGGUCGUCCUCGUUCCGCGUUCGGCCUCGAUUUCUGACUAAUGAACAAUUAUUCCUCAAGCCCGAAUGGGCUCUAAGUCAAUAGCCUAUGAGGCCGAAGGCCGAAUGGGCUAUUGACUCAGAGGCCAUGAGGGCGAGAGGAAUAAUUGUUUUAGUAAAAAUCAACUAGUUAGUCAAAAAUCAGGAGAAAAAACAACUUUGGCUAGCAAAACGCGAUUUUGGCUUUUAAAGUUGGCGCUUUUCGCUACUAGUGGUCCACUUCUCGCUGAUUGGCGGAAAUCUGACAGCUCAGUCGACGGAGAGCCACAGGGGAAUUGGAGGUGGAAUUCAAAUUCCAGAGACGUAGUUGUAUAAGUUCUUAUUCCUUUUCCCGCCCCGCCGCCAGAGAGCCCCGUAGAGCUUGCUCGCAGGCUACCCCUAAGCGGGCUACCUCAUCUACCUGGGGUCCCCCACCUUCAUGUAAAUAGUCCCUUAGUUGACUUUCUGUUAGAGGGACACCCCUCUAAGACGGACACCGGUCCUAAAGGCGUCCGUCUUAGAGAGAGUCGACUUGAUAUCUGACCGAGGACAAUAAGAGCGACCAUUUUUAGAGACAAACUAACAUCUAACAAGAGAGAAUAAAGGAGACAGAGAAGGCAUCCCCCAUACACACCCUAUUCCAAAGGUAAUUCGUCUCGAGUUAUUUUUAACACCACAGAUCCCAAGGGGAAUUAAACAACAGCCAAUCGUAUAGCGCGAAUGUUUUCCACGUGGAUGACCCACGCUCAGAGCCACGCGUCCUUCACGAAUUGACGCAGAAAAAAAUGGCGGAAGACGCAGAGAGCUAUAGCUAUUUGUUUUGUCGACGAAAACGACUACAGAGAGAUUUCUGCUAAAUCUGUGUCAGCGAAACGGAAAUUGAAAAAGAAUCGACCUUCCACUCUUGUAUAGAGCUAACAGUACAGCAGGGAAAUGCUUAACACGCUGAAUAUUCUCUCAGGAUCAUUUAUAAUUUACAGUUUGAAGAGAACAAUUUGUGGUUUGAUAUUUAUUCUUUUAUUAGUCUUUUAUUAUUCAACAAAAAUAACUCUUAGCGUCCUACUUGCUUUAUUGUACAAACGACUGGUUUCAAUAGACCGGCGAAAUCUGAGGUUUCGACAACUUCGAGUUAAACUGAUUUCACGGGUUGUCAAAGAGUCCAGCGAUUCCCUUUUCCUGGUGAGCGCCGACUCACUUCGCUUCAAUAUUCAGGAAUGCUCUCGAUCUCUUUACGCUUUCAUUGCCUUUCGCCCGACAUGUUUUGCACGGCGUUUAGUCGUGCGAAACCUCCACGAAACAUCCACGCAGCGCGCGAGGUAACUUUAUCCCGAUUCUAAAAAUAACUCGAGACGAAUUACCUAUGGAAUAGGGUGUGUAUGGGGGAUGCCUUCUCUGUCCCCUUUAUCCUCUCUUGCAUCUAACUAAUACACUUUUGUAUGUAACCUUUCACAGAUGGCCAGAUGGCAAGUACUGUAUCUACAAGAAAGGUCACAGUUGUCCCUCGGGACUUGAAGAGGGAUUCGUCAUUUGGGAUGACGAGAAUAAAGACAAUAAAAACUCCAAAGUUGGCGACCUACCCGAAGGUCUUUAUAACGAAGACACCAAAAUAUUCUUUUGUUGCAGUACCUCUGGAUCUGCUAACAAGGAGAUUGUUUUACCGAACAAGUCUCCAUUCUUACUGUUUGCCUACGAGUCCAUACUUUGUCAAAAGGCAAGUAACUGAAAGCAAGCUACCACGUCGUUUUCUAGCCUGAGAGCAAGCUUUCCCGGGCGCUCUGCCGGCGGGGCGGGAAAAGAAAGGAGAGCUUGCAACUACGUUUCCGGAAUUUGAAUUCCACCUCCAAUUACCCUGUGGCUCUCCGUCGACUGUGCUGUCAGAUUUCCGCCAAUCAGCGCGAAGCGGAAACGAGCGCGAAUGUAAACAAACAUCGAAAAUCAAGUGCCAAAUGUAAUGACGUCAUUACUAAUGUCAUCUCCGCCAAUCAGCAUCUCGCAUCGACUUUCGCGAUGCAGAUAUUCAAAUUCCGAAGACGUAGUUGCAAGUUCUCCUUCUUUUUCCCGCCGCCAGAGCGACCCGGAGAGCUUGCUCGCAGGCUAGUCGUUUUUCAAUUCUUAUUCGCCACUUUAGAAACAGAAGGAAACUGGAACGAGUUAACGUAAAGAUUUCUGGGACUAUUACUAGAGACAGGGAAAAAAAAUUGGCCAGUAGCUGACCUGCACGUCCCGGAAGCAAUUACGGGACGCAUUUCAGCUCCAGUGCCCUCAUCGUUUCUAUAGAGGCGAAUAACGGCGUUAAGUUUAGAAAAAUUUUAUGACAAAAAAGGGAAAUUUAUCGUGACUGUUCAUGUCCUUUACAGCUAUCUGCUGACGCUUGCAGGUUAACAAUAUUACGGCUCGUUCAUCUUUCUUUUUUUUUUUUACUACAGGCGAAAUUUGGUAUUGUAAUUAUUUCAGUUAUUUCAGUUGGAGUGAAAGGUGGAAAAAAGUUACAGACACAAUCUUUUACAUUCAAAUUUGGACUAGUCUGGGAUAAAUGUAACGAUCCUCUGAACAACAGUGAUCUAAGUGUAUGGACAUCGAUUUGAAGUUAAGAGAGGGUCGAUCGUGCAAAGUUAAAUUUAAAUGUGACCAUAAAAAAAAAACUAAAAAACACCCCUGCUCCCGGGGGGUCUCGAACCCCCGACCUUCGCAUCACAUCAGCCGCCAAUACUGCUUAUAAGUACGACGCUCUAACCGAUUGAGCUACGGGAGCUGGGUGUGCAGGAAGCCUUGAUGCAUUGGUUUUAUACGAACCUAGUAAAUGGUAAAUGGCCUUGCUCCCCGCAAGUCUCUCCGUAGCGUGUUGGAUAUGGCCCCGCCCCACCCCAUGUUUAGGAGGUCAUAGGUUCGAAUUUUGUGGGGGACUCAGAACGUGCUGCAUUUUACUGCGCUCCCGUCCAUUGAUUGUUAUUUUUCUGUAAUGAGAAUUAUGCCGCCCUUCUAUCUGCUUAGGCUAUUUCUAUGUGACUGUUUACGGGGACGAAUUUUUACCAAGUUUCCCUCACAACCUACUACAGUGGAACCUCGAUAUAACGAAGGCUCAAGGGACUGGCAAAAUCUGUUCGCCAUAAAUAGGUUCCGUUAUAUCGAGGUUCUUUUUCAUAUAUUUGACUAUAAUUACUGGGGUUUAAAAAAAUCGUUCGUAAUACCAAGGCUUCGCUAUAUAGAGGUUCCUUAUAUCGGGGUUCCACUGUAAUAGUCAGUAAAAGGAAAACAAUCCCAUGAUGCAAUUCGAAACGACAUCGGACCCAGUCUCACGCGAAAGAAUAGAAAAAAUGGCCAAUCUCCUUGGUAUAUUACAAUCCAUAUCACCAUACAACCGUUCUCUCCCGCACCGUUGGGUUUUUUGGAAAUAAUUUGGUAUACAGCAGUAUGAGCUACUACAAGAGAGGAUAAAGCUCUUUGUCGUCUCUUGGCUACUAAAAUUGAUGACUAUGGACGCCAUCGAGGAUCUUGCACAACGCCAUCCUUGUAUGUCGUUAUCCUCUUCAUUUAUUUUAGGCAACACCCUCAAAUCACUAGCACUAUCCCUCGGUCAGUAAGAUUUUGUUAAGGUAACGGAACAAUUAUCGACUAAAUAUACUGAAUAAACAAAAAAUCCAAGAUCACGCAUACCAUCAAGAGCUGCAAGCCAGUCUCUUAAGAUUCAGUCUUCCUGAGAGGCGAAAAAAAGAUCGAGUUUCGAUCAGUUUUAUAGCCUAACACUAAUUAUUUAUUUUUACAUGUGUUCUUUAAUAGGUAAAAGGGAUGAACGUGGUCACAGAAUUCGUCAAAUUUGAUGACGAAGACCGCGGCAACAUAGAUUACGAAGGAGGUGAAUACCCUUACGGUAUUCACCGAGCAGAGAAAGACCACAUGUUCUUUCUCUGUUACUACACGCCACAAAACCAAGAUAACAUUGUUGUUCCAGGUGAGGGAAAUAACAAACGAUCCAAAUUCAGUUCUUGUGGUAUUUUAAUACUGUGUUUGUUGUGUCAAGCCCCCGUCGGUCUUCCCAAAACAAGCUCACAAACUUGAUACAAAGCCACCUCCGUAACUGGCGUCUCACCUGACGCUGGGAAACCUUCUCUUGGAGGUGGGGGGGGGGAGCGGGCGUUAAGUCCGGUUCUCAUAUGCCGCGGAGCUACCUGCGAUAUAACUCCGACACGUCUGCCGGUGCUGUCUGCAAUACCGUUCCGAUAUGAGAACAUAAGUCGCCGGCAACAGAAGCCAUCGCAGGUCUUGACCGCCGUCAUGCCUGCGAAGAUGACACGAGUUCGACUUCGCAGGCAUGACGGCGCUCAAGACCUGCGAUGUUUCUUGCGGCCGGCGGCGUUAUCUUCUCAUAUGUCGGAGUAGUAUCGCAGGCAGUAUCGGCGGCUAUGUCACAGGCACUUUAAUUUGGCGGCAUAUGAGAACCAGCCUUUACUUGGGUUAAAAUUGCUGCGAACAGGUAUGUGCCGCUGGCCUCUCAGAACCCCUACCCCAUAAUAAUCUAUUUUGUGGCCAAAUAUAGACCCCAUCUUAGUCACUUUUGGGAAAAUUGAUUUUCGCGAUCCCAACUUCGUAGUAACUUUCUGUUUAUGCAUCUACCUAAUAAAGCCUUUUAACUAGAUCAUCCUGAAAUUAAUUGACACAUUGGUUAAAAGGAAAAAUUUAAGUUUCUGGGAAACCGCCCAUCUACCCCUCCACUAACCCAACAUUUUUCCCCAAGUGAGACGCAAAUGUUAACGUCGAGUUAGGGGAGGGGUAGGUAGGCAGUUUCCCAGAAACCUAAAUUACCUACCUGAAUUUUCUGAUCCCCCAAAUCCUGAAAAAGUGCGAUCCCAUUCUAGUAACUCUAAUGAAAAUGCAAACCCAUUAUGGUCAAUCCAGCAGGAGUCAUUUAAAUGCGACCCCAUCUAGCAGCACAUCCCCAUUAGCCUGUUACUGGGAAGUACUCACCCGGAAACCUACUGCGGUUAGUUGUAGAUUCGUUAUUACAUUUGGCACAGAUGAAGUGAACCAGACUGGCAUAAUGAGCACAAGACAAUCUAUGUUUUUAUUGCCUAUUUCCAAGAGCCAUAAUAUUUCAUAAUUCUGUCUAGUUCAGCAUCUGAUUGAAGGAUGGUCUCCUGGGCCUAGUUGUUGGAAGGCCGAUUAGCGCUAACCAAGGGUUAAAUUUUAACAGGGUUUCUUUUUCUUUUGUAGAAAAGAAUUUUCCAGGAUUAUUUUCUGUGUUUUUUUAGGCCAUUUAAUCAUCAAACUGUAGACAAAAAGAAUAAUUAAACUGAUUUUGCUUUUCAAGCUUUGAUAUCUGAAUCUAAAUUUCGCACUAACCCUGGGUUAUCUUAAACCUGCUUUGAACAACCAGAUUUGAUUACUGGCCAAUCGUUCGGCUGGUGUUAAACUUGAUAUGAAUAUGUGUCUCAAUACCUUGCUUUAUAUGCUUUUUUAUAUUUUUUCAGCUGACCAAACGAAGAAUUCUUCCAAGAAAAAUGGAUUCCAUAAACACAAAGCAAAGCUCCAGGAGAAACAGGUCGAUAAACUGGAGGAAUUAGAGAAACUGCGGAAUUCUGAAAAAAUGAUGGAUGAGUUCCUCGCUAGCACCGCUCCGCAAAAUAAAGAAACAAAUAAAAACGAGAGAACAAAGACCAUCAUUAAAACAAUCAGGGUAUGUCAGUUAUAAAUCACAGUAAAUUUUUUGAUAACUUACUUGAGCUCAAAUAGGGACUUUGAUUGGUGGAUGGAUGUAUGGAUGGAUGGAUGGAUGGAUGGAUGGAUGGAUGGAUGGAUGAAUGGAUGGAUGGAUGGAUCGGUUUACUGUAUUAUAAGCUCCCGGCUGUCAACGUAUUGACUACCUUACUUCUGACUGACGUAUUAAUUGACUGACUGAUUCAUGAUUGAUUGAUUAAUUGAUCGAUUGGUUGAUUGUUUAACUGAUUUACUGAGUGAUUGCCUCACUGACUAGCUGUCUCCAUGACUGACAAUGCGUCUGUUUGAAUGAGUGGCAAUCUCAUUGCCUAUAUGUCAAGAAGCAACUCAAUUGAGGGACCCUUGACUAACUGUAAGGUCAAUUGGUUGGCUAGUAAGCAUUUUCCUAGUAUUCCAAAAAGUAUCCUAAUCAUCAGUUACAUGUUUUUCUGUAGAUAUGGUUCCUUUUCGGCCACUGAACUAAUUACCUUUUAAGUAAUCUCGUUCAUUCACUUACCGACAGUCAAAUCUAUACAGUUCUCUCCUUUGAAUCUCCAGGUUCCUGAACGUGAAAAUACCACGUCAAUAGUGGUGACCACAGCUGGGAUAGUGCUGGCCAUAGUAAUCCUGGGAGUAGUGAUUGGUAUCGUUGUAAUUAAACACAUCAGGACAAACCGCGAUGGAGUCAAGGUAGACUCACUGGAUGAAGCUGUAUACACAGCCUCCGCAUCUUCAAGAAGAAGCAGCUUUACUACUUCUGAAGAUGAAGUGGAACUUACGGAGGCUGACUUUGAGGAUGAGCUCGUUGAGGAUCAAUAUUUACCCUCUGAUUCAGAACUCAAAUCGGGAUUGGAACUCAUGUUUCUGAAACAACAAAGACAUUAUUGGACAAGAAAAAAGAAACCUUGACCAUUUAACUCUCAGGCUACCUUUAGACGGCACCAGACGAAUUUUGGAGCUUCGGUGAAAAAUUUGAUAGGAUACGUCGUUCAAAUCGAACCGGUCAAAUUUUUUGUUCUCUUUUCAUUAGAUUCUGACGGACCAGAUUGAAUUUUUACCCUUCCUAAGUACUUUCAUAACUUUCCUUGGUAGUUUUACCAUAUGCCCUUCCGCGCACAGUGCUACUAUAAUAAAUCCAAACUGGCAUCCUCUAGCGGAGUGACCACGCAUCCACCCAGC